UUCUCUAAUCUGAAUCUCUUCAAUCAGCAACUGAACAAGAAAACUUACAAUUAACUAGUGCUGUCUACUGCUACUAGUCUACUACCUAGCAUUAUAGGCAGCUCAUAGUCAGCCACGAUGCCGUAGUGCUAGGAACUGCUCUCAACGAACGCAUCCUCAGCUCUCUUCUUUCUGUUCAUCGACUCAAGGUCUUGAUGGGUACAUCUUAGAUUUGUGUACGGAUCUGCUGGAUAUUGUUGCCAUUGAUUAAGGAACGAGUAAUAUGGAGGAGAGCCUACAUCACUCAACCUGAUUCAGCUCUGGAAGGCAAAGUUGGUGUAACAUCUGAAGGUGAAACUGCCAGGUGUAAGAAAGUUGUUUGGGACCCUUCCCACUUGUGAAAGAAGGAAUACUGUUCACUUGCAGAUUAUCCUGCCACAAAAGCAGUUGGGUCAUAAAUCAGACAUUGUAAUUGUAUGAUGGAAAUGCAAGAGAGUCCACGAACACCCGUAGUCAUGGCGCAGCUUUCUUGGUUUUUUGGCAUAGCCACGAUCGUAAAGCUUCUACUAAUCCCAUCCUACCACAGCACGGACCUGGAAGUCCAUCGCCACUGGCUGGCCAUUACCCACUCUCUUCCUCUCAGCCAAUGGUACACUGAUGAGACGAGUGAGUGGACCCUUGAUUACCCUCCCUUCUUUGCCUACUUGGAACGCUUUCUUUCCAUGUUUGCCCAUCUAAUUGACCCACAGAUUGUUCAUCUCCAUCAUGGCCUCAAUUACAAAGCCAAUUCUGCCAUCUAUUUCCAGAGGAUGUCAGUAAUUGUCUCAGAUUUGUUUCUCUUAUAUGGGGUUUACAGAUCAACUCUAGCUCUGGCAUCUCUGAAGCGGAAUUUGAUAUGGUUAUUGGUGAUUUGGUCUCCUGGACUCCUUAUUGUGGACCAUUUGCAUUUUCAGUACAAUGGGUUUUUGUUUGGCUGGUUGUUGUUGUCGCUCUCAUUUUUGGCACAAGGAAGAGAUGUGAUGGGUGGCUUUCUGUUUGCUGUGUUAUUGUGUUUUAAGCAUUUAUUUGCGGUGGCGGCCCCUGUUUAUUUUGUAUACUUGCUAAGGCAUUAUUGUAGAGGUGGGCUGGUUCGGGGUUUUGCUCGGCUUUCAGUUAUGGGGGCUAUUGUUGUGGCAGUUUUUGCAGCAGCAUAUGGGCCAUUUGUGUAUCAUGGACAGAUACAACAAGUCAUCCGCCGGAUGUUUCCUUUUGGCAGGGGACUUUGCCAUGCUUAUUGGGCUCCAAACUUUUGGGUUUUUUAUAUAAUGUUAGAUAAAGGGAUUGCUUUCUUGUUGAGGAAAUUUGGCUUCAAUAUUCCGGCACCAGUAGCUUCAUUCACUGGUGGACUAGUUGGCGAUGCAUCACCAUUUGCCAUAUUACCUCGGGUAACACCCUUGACAACCUUCAUUAUGGUCCUGCUUGCCUUAUUGCCUUGUCUUUUUAGAACUUGGAAGGAUCCCAGGCCAAGGUUGAUUGUCAGAUCAGUCGCAUAUGCAUACACUUGUGGGUUUUUAUUUGGGUGGCAUGUUCAUGAGAAAGCAUCACUACACUUUUCCAUUCCCCUUGCUAUUGUUGCUGUGGAAAGUUUGGAGGACGCGAAGCAUUACUUCUUGCUAUCUAUAGUGUCAUGCUACUCACUCUUUCCCCUACUAUACGAAGCCCAAGAAUAUCCAAUAAAAGUAUUGCUGUUGCUGCUACACACAAUCCUGAUGUGGUUCAGUUUUAGUGCACAAUACUCGGGCAGUUUGCGGGGGGAUAAGGAGGGUGGUGAGAAACAAGGGUUUGAGGUGGGGUGGGUUACAAAGAGUUACCUGAUGGGUGUGGUGGUGGUAGAGAUAUGGGGUCAGUUUUUGCAUCCGUACCUUUUUGGUGAUAAGCUUCCCUUUGUACCACUAAUGUUGAUCUCAAUGUAUUGUGCAAUAGGGAUUUUGUACUCUUGGAUCUGGCAACUGAAAUCGAUCUUAAUCUCCUUCUGACUUCACUUUCUAUUGAGUCUACAUUAUUUUUCUAUUUUUCACUCGAAGUAUAUACAUAGACAAGACCAUUGUUGGACUGGUUAAUUGUGCUCGCAAUUCUAAUAGCUUCCCCGGUUAAAUUAAAGAAAUAUGUUUUUUUUAA